AUGGAAUACGUCGGCCGUCUCAGCAAUCUAUUCACGUCAGUGCACAACUUUUAUAACGAGUUGAAUCCUGCCACUCUCUCGGGAGCCAUCGAUAUCAUUGUCGUCAAGCAACAAGAUGGAGAACUCGCAUGUUCACCGUUCCACGUCCGAUUUGGCAAACUGUCAGUGCUUAUGCCACAAGAAAAAAAGGUGGAAAUCAAGAUUAAUGAUGAAGUCAUGCCUUAUGUGAUGAAAGUGGGUGAAGCGGGUGAAGCAUUCUUUGUCUUUGAAACCGAACAUGAAGUCCCUGAAGAAUUCCAAACGUCUCCCAUCAUGAGUGCUAUUGAAGAAAACAGGAGCGAUGAGGAACCACCUUAUCUUGAUAUUGGCGAGUCAAAGGAUCAUGAGAAAGCUCAAUCACAGUCAAUGGAUGAAGCCAACAAUAGCCCAAAACCAGCAUCCGAAAAUGAUGGAUUCGAUGACGAUGAACAACCCAAAGUUGAUACCACCAAAUUGCGUAUUCCUGCCGAAUUACAAUCACCAAAGAUGAUCAUUGAAGAACAAGUGGAUAAGGUCGUCACCAAGUUGGAUACAUUUCCACAUGAUCAUGUUGAACAUUCGAAUGAGCAACAUCACCACCACCACCACCACCAUGAACAUGAACAACAAGAGGAUUUAUCAGAAAAGAUGCAACAUGUGUGCUUGGAUGAGGAGAAAAUGAUGAUGCCAAAGAACGACAUAUAUCCUAUGGAUGAUGGUGCUUCAUUGCUUGAACGAUGUAUUCCAGAAGCUAUCACCAGCACCACCAUUGCUAAAGAAAGAUUCAUUGUGCGACCUGCAGAUGGUGACAUUCAUAAUACAUGGAUGGAUGUUACACACACUUCAGUGCAUACCCGUGAUUCAACGCAUGAUGGUAACAAUGGACCUGCUGAGCCUACUUCACCACGUCAUGGAGAUGCAGAAUCCAUUUUUCUCGAUAUUGCUGGUUACAAGACCGGGGAGGAAGAAGCUGAAAAGGAACAACUUGAGCACAUGGAUCCAACAACCACGAGAGAGAUCACUCGUGAAAUGUCAUCAGCGCCAACGCAACAAUUAUCAUCAGCGACAGAAGAUGCAUCAGCUGAUUCUAUCAAAGAAACGACAUCCAACGAUGAGAAUGAUCCACCUGUCAUUGAAGAACAAGAACAACAAUCAACCAACAAGUCGACGAGUGAUAUCAAAAUGACACCUGGAGAGAUUUACCGCAUUGAAAUGAGUUUGUGCGGUUUGAGUGCAUUGGGAUCGGAUGAAGAAAAGAAUGCAGAGGUCUUCAACAAGGAACAACUCACCUACGACAACUUUGUACAUAAUCCAAACAUCUUGAACGAUCAACGUCUCGUGUUUCGACAUCAUGGUCAUUAUUAUGCUCCAAGUCAUACGGGUCCAUUGUUCACCAAUUUAUUGCUCUUUCAAAAACCUUUGGAUGAUCAAGAUGGGACCGAGCAAGAGGAUACAGCAGCACAAGUAUCGGAUAGCCGAGACACUUAUUCAUUUGGUCGUGGUUGGCGUCAAUGGUUGAGUCGAUCAUCUGUUGCAGGCUCCACUCCAUUGCCGGCAGAAGCAGCCGAGACAUCAGGAGAGGAUGAGGAGAAGAAGAAACCAGUGGAGGCGACUAAUGGCAACAACAACAACAACAAUGAGACGACGACUUAUACCACAACAACCAAGACCACCUCGGUGGGUUGGAAUGCCGAUCACUCACAUCCCGAUGAAGAACCACUCUUGGGUCCCAGGAAAAACUAUGCCAAGACACUACGACUUACAUCCGAUCAACUCAAAAGCCUCAAUCUCAAAAAGGGUGCAAAUACGAUCACCUUUUCUGUCACAUCGGCUUAUCAAGGCACAGCAACAUGCACCGCCAAGAUCUUUUAUUGGGAUUAUGAUGUGAGUGUGGUGAUUUCAGAUAUCGAUGGCACGAUCACCAAAUCCGAUGCACUUGGACACGUCUUUACAAUGAUUGGCAAGGAUUGGACCCAUAUGGGAGUGGCCAAGUUAUACACCGAUGUGGAGAAAAACGGGUACCAUUUCAUGUACUUGACAAGUCGAGCUAUUGGCCAAGCAGAUUCUACCCGUGAUUACCUUAAAAAGGUGGCGCAAAGCAAUUACCAAUUGCCUGAAGGACCAGUGAUCAUGUCUCCGGAUCGACUCUUUACAUCAUUCCAUCGUGAAGUGAUCAUGCGAAAGCCUGAAGUGUUCAAGAUGGCAUGUUUACGAGAUGUGAUGCGUCUCUUUGGUGGUCGUAAUCCAUUCUAUGCAGGCUUUGGUAAUCGUAUCACGGAUGCCAUUUCUUAUCGCAGCGUCAGUGUACCCUCCUCGCGUAUUUUUACGAUUGAUGCGAAUGGUGAGCUCAAGCUUGAAUUGUUACAAGGCUUCAAGUCAUCGUAUUUGCAUUUGAAUGACUUGGUGGAUCAAAUCUUCCCGCCCAUCAACAAGGUUGUCAGUGAAGAGUUCAGCGAUUAUAAUUUCUGGAAGGCACCUUUACCGGAUAUUGAUCUUCCCGAAUUGGAAGAGCCUACUGCACCUACAUCACCCAAGCCAAAACCAAUUAUUGCUGAUCCAUCUGCAUUACCCGCCCGUUCCGUUGUUGCAGCACCAUCACCGCCACCUCGUAGACAAAGAGGUAUUCUUCGUAGCUUCACUUCUCGAUCAGCAGCACCCGCUAUUGCACCUUCUUCUUCCUCCACCACCUCAACAUACGCCUCGUCACCUCCUUCUCAAUCAUCCCUUCGAGUGGCUGCUUCAUCCAGCACACCCAAUUUACUUUCUCGACAACAAAGUCAAGAUGCUGAUGACAAGACCAGUAUCGACGAACCUUCUUCACCUAUCAAUAGCAUUGCUUCUUCGGAUUAUCCUGCCACCCCUAUUGACAACAACUCCUCCUCAUCCGCAUCCUCCAGCAUCGUUAACAAAGUCCUGGGUGGCGUAUUUUCUCGGACCUUUUCCAAAUCCGCCACUUCUUUACCCACAUCAGCUGACCCUCAAGGUGACGACGACGAUGCUACAAACAAUCAUACCAACAACAACACCCCCACUUCCCCCACCUCCACCACAAUCCAUUAUGAAGAGGCAGACGAUGAGGCAUUCGAUGCUACCCUUGAUGCCAUUGCCGAUGAAAUCGACAUGGACAAUAUCCCAUUUAUUUAA